AUGCGCACCACACAUAAUUUAGAUUUUUAUCGCGAAGUCUAUCGACAUUUUCGUGGCAAGUCAAAAUUUGGCGGCACUUAUAUCUUCGCUAAACCAAUACUCGUUCUACUCGAUCUUGAUUUGAUCAAACAAGUACUAAUUAAAGAUUUCAAUACAUUUCCGGAUCGUUUCGAAUAUAUACCCGAUAAUAAUAUUAUCAAUGGUAAUCUCUUUAAAGUGAACGCCGAGAGAUGGCGUCCUUUGCGUACGAAAAUUACACCUACAUUCACAUCGGCGAAAAUGAAGUUUAUGUUUCCAACAUUGGUAACGGUGGCAAAGCAAUUGGAUGUAGCCUUUGGCAAACACUUGGAAAAUACACCAGAUGGUACCCUUAAUAUAUACGAAAUGAUGACACGCUUCACUGUGGAUGUAAUCGGCCAGGUUGGCUUUGGUGUUGUAUGUAACAGCUUGGAGGAUCCCAAUACAGAGUUUCUUCGCGUCGGACAUAUUAAUUUCUUUCAAAAUCAUAAAUCCAUAAGGCUACGCAUUUUGAUGACAACAUAUCCUGUGCUAUUUAAAUUGCUGCAUUUUCUCAACAUCAGACGCGUACCAGACGAGGUUGAAAAGUUUAUGUUGCGUCUGGUUCGCGAUACUGCUCAUAUACGUGAGGAGCAGAAAAUUCAGCGUAACGAUUUCAUGAAUUUAAUGAUUGAAAUGAAGAAUACAAAGGACGAAAACGGUAAACCUAUGUUGACUUACGAAGAGAUGGCUGCACAGGUAUUCAUAUUUUUUGCUGGUGGAUAUGAGACUAGUUCGAGUAAUUUGACUUAUGCGCUCUAUGAGUUGGCAAAGAAUCAGCAUGUGCAAGACAAAUUGAGAGCUGAAAUCAAUAGCGUCUUGGCAAAACACAACGGAGAGCUGACAUACGAAGCAAUGGAUCAAAUGACCUACUUGUAUCAAGUUAUGUCAG